UCGGCGGGCGUGUCGUUUUAGAGUGACUACCGCCCCUUUAAAAUCCCCUCCCUCCCUCCCCAUUUUCUCCUCGCCAAACCAUUUCUCUCUCCCCUUCUCUCUCAAGUCGCCGGUAUUCUUUCGUCGCCGGACCGAGAUCCCGAGAGUUCUCUCUUCUACUUCGGAUUUGGGAGAGGAGGGUUUUUUUUUUACGAGAUCUCUGGUUUAGAUUCUCGCCGUAGAUUCUGAUCUCUAUUCUCCCGGCGAUCGCGACCUCGGAUGGCGAUCUCGAAUUCCGAGGGGUUUUUCGCCGCGAAAGAAAGGGAGAGGAAGCGGAAGCGGAGCGCUGAGGUCCGGCCGUCGCCGUCCAAGUGGAGGACCGAGAGGGAGCAGAAGCUUUACUCCUCGAAGCUCCUCGAAGCACUGCGUCGCGUCCGCCGCCCCGCGCCGGCGGAUCCACCCCGGAGCCGCGCCGUCCGGGAGGCCGCGGACCGCGUGCUGGCGGUGGCCGCGCGUGGCCGGACGCGGUGGAGCCGCACGAUCCUCUCGAGUCGGAUUCUCAAGCUGAAGCCGCGGAAGCGGCGGCCCGCCGGCGCUGUCCGGCCCAAGAAGCCCCUCGCCAGCGCGGCGGAGAUGAAGAGAUCGCCGUUGCUGCAGCGGAAGGCGAGGGUCCUCGGCCUGCUGGUCCCGGGCUGCCGGAAGCUCUCGCUUCCUACGCUUCUCGGGGAGGCCGCCGACUACAUCCCCGCGCUCGAGAUGCAGGUUCGCGUCAUGAGCGCCCUCGCCGAGAUGCUCUCUUCCUCCGGCAGCGGUGCGCCGCCGUCCGACCGGCUCGGCUCGUCCCAGCCGGUCUGACCUCGUCGCGCCGGCUGCAGGUCUUCCCCCCAACCCAACCGAACCCCUCGUCCUUUCCCUUCUUCUUCCCCUUAUUUUUCUCCUUUCAAAAUUCAUGUAAUUUAUUGUAAAAUAAUCUCUCCUUUUUCAAAAAGCCAAAUGGUGUGUUCAGAUUCGUUCUUCCGGCCUGCUGAGGCCACCUCAAUGGCAUUCGCGUAAAAUACAUGUCUUUCAUGGCCA